GGCGCAGCAGACGACAUAGCCGAUAUGCGCAAGCGCCGUUAAAAGCCCGCAUACGGGCAUCUGCCGUGUCUACACAAGCGCGGGUGCAUGAACGCCUCAGAAGCUGAUCAUACCAGAAGUUCAGGAUCUUUCAAACUUACGCACUCUGUACACAUUAGUCGAACAGAACGCCUGCACCGCGUCUGCACCGUGUCUGCACCUUGUCAUUCGUUUCGAGUGUCGCGCCGUGCCUGCACCGCAGAAAUGGAGCUCCGAACUUCUCGCGAAUCGAUGUGAACUGCUUCACAGUGGUGCGGGCGAAUCAAACGGACCUUUAACACGAACGGACGAAGGUCUGUUCGAUUCUAUUUGGCUCAUGUGCUAGCUGCUCGGCUGUUCCUUGCUGUGACUGACUGACUGCCCCACUGCGCUGCUGCUGUGCACGCCUUCGCCUCGCUAUCGUUUUGCGUUUUUUGGAACGGGUUCAGCGUUGCGGCUUGAGCUUCUGACUCGUCUCUUUCGCACACCAUGUCUUCUAAGUGGAGAAAAUGUAGAGUCGUAAGAAAGGAAUACGACAAUAUACUGAAUGAACUAGGACUCGCGCGGCUUGUUUCUGGGCCUUCAUCGGUUUCCCUGUCCAACGACAGAGCUGCAAGCACCACCUUUACGGACAGUGCUCGCGUAGCGCCACUUUCGCCUCCGAAGCUCGGAAGCAGCAGGCAAUCGGGAAAUUCAAUUUCGACGGACGACGGGGGUGAGCCUCCACUCAAACUGUUGAAAGAGCAGUCGGGAAGCGAAGCCUUAGUCAACAGCGUCUGCGGACAAGGUGUACAUUCUGUUGAAGAAUUCCAAUCAGAAAUUGUGGAUAUGUCUUCACGUGAGCACAGCGACUCUGAUAGUAGCUCAAGUGACACUCAAAUCUCAAGCAAAUCUUGGGAUGAGUCUGAUGACCUUGUUGCUUCAGACAGCUGCACGGGGCCAGAUGAGGAAACAACGCUCACUUGUAGCGCAGCGAUGUCUUGUGUAUCUCCUGAACAAAUGACAGCAAGUGAAGAGUUUGCUGUCAUUGCUUCCAAACAUAAUAUGACUCAUGCAUGCAUUAACGAUGUCCUCGAUUUCUGCCGUCGAAGAGGCUUCUCUGACCUUCCCAAGGAUGCUAGGACAGUUUUGAGAACUGAGCGCAAAGCUCAGGUGGAGCAAAAUAGGUCUUUUGUGCACUUUGGCCUUGCAGCAGGAAUUCGUCAAGUGUUGCCGCCGGGGCAAGUAGUUCCAAGUGAACUGAAGCUACAGGGCAACAUCGAUGGAGUCCCUCUUUACAGAAGUAGCCAGCUUGCCUUUUGGCCCAUUUUGUGCCGCAUUACAAAUGUGGAGGCAUCACCACCAUUUGUUGUAAGUGUUUAUUGUGGUGCAGGGAAGCCACCAUCUCUGCAGGAUUAUCUAGAGCCAUUUGUGCGAGAGGUCUCGGAGCUUGCGUCUGAAGGGUUAAGCAUAGGAGAUGUUCGAGUACAGGUGAGCAUUGAAGCCAUGGUGUGCGAUGCUCCAGCAAGGAGCUACGUGAAAUGUAUUGUUGGCCACACUGGUUAUUAUGCGUGUGAGCGAUGCAACCAAAAAGGGCGGCACAUUGAAAACAGGGUCACAUUUCCCAAACUGCACGCACCAACACGAACGAAUGCAUCAUUUCGAUCUCAAGAGAACAAGCGCCACCAUUCUGGUUUUUCACCAUUCCUAUCGCUUGAUGUCGACAUGAUUGCAUUUUUCCCAUCUGAAUACAUGCACCUCGUUUGCCUGGGAGUCAUGCGACGACUCUUAAAGAAUUCGGUAUGCCAAGGCCACAGUAAUAGAUUGAGCAGACUGUAUCGUUGCCAACUAAAUGAAAGCCUGCGAGAGGCUUCCAAAGCAUUUCCAACAUAUUUCCAGCGAAAGCCAAGGGGUACAGAAGAACUUGAUCGUUGGAAGGCAACAGAGUUUCGGACGUUCCUCCUUUAUGUUGGGCCUGUUGUCCUAAAGCCUCUUCUGCCUCCAUCACACUACAAACAUUUUCUAAUGUUUCAUGUAGCUAUCAGAAUUUUAGCAUCACCUCAGUACUACUGCGAAUACAAUGAUUUUGCCAAAGAUGUGCUGAGGUACUUUGUUCAAGAGUUCAGUGAGCUAUACGGAAGAAACCAGCUUGUGUACAAUGUGCACUCACUAAUUCAUCUUGCUGACCAGUGCCGGGACCAUGGCCCAUUGGAUCAGCUUAGUGCAUUCCCUUUUGAAAGCUACCUUGGACGAAUGAAGAAGUUGCUGCGAUCCUCCAACAAGCCACUUUCACAGCUAAGUAGAAGAAUCUCUGAACUGAGGCACUCGACCAAGAACCAAGUCGAGCAGAAACUGCAACAUGUGAAGCCUGGAGACUGCUUCCUGAUUGACAGUGCUCCUGUGGUUGUUCUGGAAAUAAUGGGAGACCACUUCAAGGGAGGGAUUUUACCAAAUGCCAGGGACUUUUUCAAACUUCCACUCAAGUCGUCUCAGUUGAAUAUUUGGCGCUGCAACACCUUAAGUAAUAGAAGUAAGGUCUGGCCUCUUGAUGACCUCUGGAAUACUGCUCAGUGCCUGAGGCUUAACUACAAGCAAGGACAUGUUGUUGUUCCUCUUUUGCACUUUCACUGAAGCUGUCAGUGGUCGGUGGACUUAAAUUAACCCGAACUACCAUAGUCAGUCAUCUGACUGCCAUAUUGCUAUGCCUCCAAUGGCCACAAUGUCUGUUCUAUAUGAGGCCGACAGUUGGGCUAGUUGGAAUUCAAAGACAGACAUUUUCAAAGAAAAGUUAUCCUUUUGUCUCUGCACCUAUUUUCAUUUUUCUUAUGUGCUGGAACAUGUCCUUGUUUGUUCUAUUGUCAUUGUCGCGAAUCACCUAUUCAAGCCAUGUUCAAGCUUUCUGCAUCAAGCAUCUUGUCACUAAUACAGUCAUUAGCACUAUUUUCCAGAGUGCUUGAAUGGCAUCCUUUGACCUGCACAGGUGGCAUUUGGUGGUAACACUGGAUUCGAGGUAGCAUACAAGCAUACAACUGUGUAUGGAUUGCUGCACUGAUGGUACUUCCCUAAUCUUUCUCCUCACAGGCCUUCGUGUCUUCCGCAGCUGCAAUUUCCUGAAGGCACUGCAUUGCCACUGAGCAAAAGUAGAGAUAACACAUGGCAAAACUUUCAUCAGCACACGCCAGGAUGUGUUAUCUUGACUUUUAUUCAGAUGGCACCUUCAGACGCUACAGUUACUGAAGCCACAGUGGCCAGUAAAGUGAAAAAGAUAAAGCCAGCAGUGAUCAGUGCAGCAGUGCAAGACCCGGUCCAAUGACAGAGCUGCAAGCUCCCCAUUUGAGGACUGCACUUGCAUAGCACCACUUUUGCCUCAGAAGCCGGGGAAGCAGCAGACGAUCAGAAAGUCCAUCAUAUCAGUGCAGCAGCGCGUUCUCAGAUGUAAGGUAUCUAGAGCCAGGUGUUAUCGAUAAAUGUCGCCCAAGCAGGCUUAAGCAUGCCGUUCAAGCACUUCAGCAUGCUGAUAACUGUACAACCUGGACAAAUUGCAUUUCAAGCCUUCAAGGUUCAGCCCCAGCUUUCAUUUUUGCU